CAAACAAAUUAAAAUCCGGACUUAUCCAUUUAAAGCUGCCUAUGUUGUAUUAAUAAAUUAUCAAAGAUAAAUUAACAUGGAUUUAAACACAAAAGAAGAUGCUGGAUGCUCUCGUGAAGACCGUUCUUCUGUAUCAAGUACAUCGGAGACAAUGCCACUCAGUCAUUAUGACUGUGAUUGUAUAAAACAACCAGAUGCCGCUGUAAAGUGUGAAGACAUUCCAAGUCUUUGUAAACUCUGCUUAGAAGAUGGAGUGAAAUUGGAAGACAUGAUUGUCCUUAAAUCUUGUGGCUGCGCAUUCUGUUUACAGUGUAUGCGAACAUAUGUUGAAGUUCUAAUUCGCGAUGGUGUUGUGAUAUCAAUAUCAUGCCCAGACUCCAACUGUGAGACAGGCGGCAUCAUAAGUUGUGAUGAGAUUGAAUUUCUCAGUCAACCAGAUACUUACAAAAAAUACAAACGUUUAAAAUUUGAACAAGAAGUGGCAACAGAUCCAAGGCGUACAUUCUGCCCCCAGGUUUCGUGCUCCACUGUUUGUCAUGUUUGCAAUAAUUCUGGUUCAUCAGUUUCAACAGCACCCACAGAAGCAGUGCCUGUACAAUGCCCCACUUGUCAUCUUAUGUUCUGCUACAUUUGCAAAGCAGAGUGGAAGCCAAGCCACAAAUGCAACGAUUACACUCGAAGUUUUGGCAGUGAAUUACAAAAACUACAGAACAGAACUGGCUUUUCAUUAAGUGGUCCAAAUGAACCAAUUAAACGGUGCCCAGUGUGCAACAUCUUGAUUGAAAAGGACAGAGGAUGUGCGCAGAUGAUUUGCAAGAAUUGCAGCCACGUUUUCUGCUGGUAUUGCUUAAAACUUCUUGAUAAUGACUUUAUGCUACGACACUAUGACAAAGGACCAUGUAGGAACAUGCUUGGACAUAGCAGAGCACAAGUGUUUCAACACAGAAUUGGGAUUGUUGGUUUGUUCACAGCAUUUUCUUUACUUCUCCUUGUUGCCUCCCCUGUUUUAAUUCUUGCAGCACCAGUUAUUCUCUGCUGUAAGUGCAAAGAAUGUUGUCAACAGGCCAUAAAUCGUGCGCACCAACACCGAGGUUCUGUGGAAUUACAAAUGAAUGACAGGACUUCACGGCAGGCAGCUCACAGGGGAAACAGACAAGAUGACAUUGAACAAGGUGUAAUUACUGUGGAGAUGUCAAACACGAACUUAAGUCACAAUCCCCAUCAAAAUGAGGCUUCUACCAGUAACAGAACUGUAUUAGAUUUUGGUACGUAGGUGGCAACACCUUCACCAUGCAUUUGUUGAUAUGUUUAAUAGUAAAUACUGUUCUUUUUGUCUUUGUAUAAGCUUUUCACUUUAGCAGCCAAGCUGCCUAAUCAUUACAAUCCUAAUUACAGCAGUUAAUCACUAGAAAUGAUUUCAAAUGCACCCAAUUUUGAUCGUACUUCACCCAAUGUGUUUGAAGUAAAUUUCUACUUCUAAAUCUUUACUGAUGCCAUCAAAGAUACAUGGUAUGGUACUGUGGGGGAAGGUGGGACACCUUUAGCACAUAAUAUCUUAAUGUCCUGAUCGUAUUUUAAACAAUUAACAACGGUCAAUGAAAGUCGUGGUGAUACAGUUUUAUAAUUCUUUAAACGUUAAUCGUUUACUACCAAAUGAGACGAUAAAGUAGAAUGAAAAGGUGUCCCAUCUCCCCCCACCCUACUAUAUAAUAAGUACCAUUUAACCAUUACAACAGUCCCCUAUUUUGAUUUCAAUUGGAAGUACUCUGACUCUGCUGUGCAACUGUCAAGGUGCUCUUACCAGUAUACAUUCACACCACUAUGCUUUGCACAUUCUGUCUUUUCACGCUUAAAGCAGUGAAUCGGUGAAUACUGUUACUAAAUUUACAUUAAAAUUUACUACCAAAUGCAGAACUUU